UACAACUCCCUACUCACCGCAUUUUGUGCUUGGUCAUUGGCUAUACCAACUGAUAUACAGUACAAUUUGAGGGCCGGUAUCAUAGGGGGCAGUGAUGCCAAAGCCGGUGAUAACCCGCACAUGUGUUCCCUGAGAAUCAAUGGUUCCCAUCAAUGCGGGGCAUCUAUUAUAGGCACCCAAUGGGUGGUCACCGCUGCCCACUGUCUGGAAGGAGUUAAACCGAUAGACCUAUUACUACGGUGCGCUACCCUAUUGCGGGAAGUACCUGGUCAAGAUUUUAAUAUAAGCAAGGUCAUAUCGCACGAAAACUAUAAUAAAAAUGUCUCAACUAAUUGCGAUAUUGGACUUUUACAAGUCACUGGUGAAUUUAAACUAGGCACAUCUGCGUUAGACAAAAUAAAACUACCUGACCAAGAUCAAGAUUAUGCACAACCUGGAUCAGUAGCUACAGUAACUGGAUGGGGUCUAAAUGCCGACCAAAAAUUACCCGAGAAAUUACAGACAGUAGACGUACCGGUGCUCGAUAGGGCCACUUGUAUUAGUGAUUACAAGUCAAGUAUAAGUGAUUAUAUGUUUUGUGCUGGAUAUGAUGAGGGUAAAAGGGACUCAUGUUCUGCUGAUUCUGGUGGCCCAAUAAAGUUUAAUAAUACCCUGAUUGGAAUUGUAUCAUGGGGUUUGGGAUGCGCAGAACCACACCACCCUGGUGUCUAUACGCGACUGGCGAGGUCUCAAGAAUAUUCUGUCAAUUUGCCAGUUCUCGUUAUGAUCAUAGGUGGUCACGAUGCUAAUCCUGGUGGAAAUCCGCAUAUGUGCUGGUUCAGAUUCGAUGGGAGUCACCAGUCCGGCGACAAUGGACCCUUACGGCUAAUAACAUAA